UUUCUUUAUAACAUUUGUCCUACAUUUCACUCAUAUUCUGCACAAUCUUUACAAUGGGUUUGCUUAUGAGCUUCAUGGGCAAAAGUUUGCCAACCAACCAGAUGUUGAGUCUGGUAAUGGGCACAUUACACAGUAAGUUCAUGGAGAAAGAGAUCAACUGCUUCGACGACUUUCACGUUGCCAUCCUCGACAUGUUCAACACUAUAAAUGCAGCACUGCCUGGAAAACACUAUGAUGUUCCACCACCAAACAAAGUUCAGGAAAUUUUUGAACAGUGGGAAGGAGCCAGAGAGUCCGAAAAGAAGAAAUUGUUUGUUGACUUCAUGAAAACGAGUGUAAGCAUGAGCAAAUUCGACGACUCAGCUCUGAUGGCCGGAUUAGUGACCCCGCCAGCAGCCAUGGCUGCAAAACGAGCCGGCGAAACCUUACCCCAGUUAAAGAUGAUCAAAGUCAUCCCCGAUGUCAUCUUUGUGCCAUCUGCAACCGUUUUGGCUCUCAUAUCCGCUAAGCUCUCCAAGAAAAUGUUCUUAGGAAACGUAGCAUCAUAAUUGUAAAAUAUAAAACCAUAAACAUUAUAAGAAAUUUAAAUUCCUCUUGCAUUUAAAAAACGAAGAAAUACCAAUCAAACCAUUGCAAA